GAGUAUUUAUCAAUACAUAAUAAAACAAACAAAAUAUAUUUGCACCAUCCAUCUAUUCAUAUGCAUCUACAUAGCAUUAAAAGAUAAGAAACACUUCAAGGUGAAAGACAUGCCUUGCAAAGGCCUCAGAUGGGUGUAUACAAGGAAGCUACCACAGAGUUUUGCACAGCUUGGCAAAAUGUUUGUGAAAGGGGCCUUCAUUUGCAAGAUGGUGCCAUUUGUCCAGUGCACUGCCAUUGUGACAGAAAUCCUUACUAUGACCUGCAUUGCCGUGGAGAGGUCACAGAGACUUGUGCAUCCUUUUAAAAUGAAGCAACAGUACACCAAUCAAAGGGCUUUCACAAUGCUAGGUGUGGUGUGGUUGGUGGCCGUCAUCAUAGGAUCACCCAUGUGGCAUGUGCAGCGACUUGAGGUUAAAUAUGACUUCCUAUAUGAAAAAGAGCACAUCUGCUGUUUGGAAAAGUGGAGCAGCCCCAUGCAUCAGAAAAUCUACACCACCUUCAUCCUUGUCACCCUCUUCCUGCUGCCUCUCUUGCUGCUGCUUGUCCUCUAUGGUAAAAUUGGUUACGAGCUUUGGAUCAAGAAAAGAGUGGGGGAUGGCUCAGUGCUGCAAACUAUUCAUGGAAAGGAAAUGUUCAAAAUAGCCAGGAAGAAGAAGAGAGCUGUGAUCAUGAUGGUGACAGUGGUGGCUCUCUUUGCUGUGUGCUGGGCACCUUUCCACAUCGUUCACAUGAUGAUUGAAUACAGUAAUUUUGAAAAGGAAUAUGAUGAAGUCACAAUCAAGAUGAUUUUUGCUAUAGUGCAAAUAAUUGGAUUUUUCAACUCCAUCUGUAAUCCCAUUGUCUAUGCACUUAUGAAUGAAAACUUCAAAAAAAAUUUUGUGUCUACAGUUUGCUAUUGUGUAGUAAAAGAAACCUUCUCUCCAGCACGGAAGCAUGGAAGUUCAGGAGCUAUGGUUAUGCAGAGGAGAGCAAAGUUAGCUAGCAGAGAGAAUCCUGUAGGGAUCAGAGAAGAGGCAUUUGGGAACAACAACAUCAGUGUCAAGUGGUGUGAACAGCCAGAGAAGAAGAAGAAGAAAUCACAAGUGGCAACUUGUCCUCUUUAG